CAGGAUGCCCAGUCCAUCUCUCUCUCUGGCCCUGGUGCUGUCAGCCAUGGGGGCUCUGCUGAGGCCGGGCACCCCCAGGGAAGAGGUCUCCAGCACCUCGGCCUCGCCCAGGGAGCAGGCCACAGGCAGCGGGGCACUCAUCUUUCAGCAAGAUUGGGACUGGCCGCUCCCCAGUCUCUGGCUGCCAGGCAGCCCUCAGGACCCCCUGUGCCUGGUGACCCUGAAUGGGGGGGGCAAUGGGAGCAGGGCCCCACUGCGGGUGGUGGGGGCCCUGAGCGGCUACGAGCAGGCCUUCUUGGAGGCUGUGCGGCGCACCCACUGGGGCCUGAGUGACUUGACCACCUUUGCUGUGUGCCCCACUGGCGACGGGCAGCCUGCGCUGCCCCACCUGCAGCAGCUGCAGGCGUGGCUGGGGGAGCCAGGGGGGCGGUGGCUGGUGGUCCUGCACCUGGAGGAAGUGACGUGGGAGCCGACACCCUUGCUGAGGUUCCAGGAGCCUCCACCUGGAGGAGCCAGCCCCCCAGAGCUGGCGCUGCUGGUGUUGUACCCAGGGCCUGGCCUGGAGGUCACUGUCACCGGCGCUGGGCUACCUGGUGCCCAGAGCCUCUGCCUGACUGCGGACUCAGACUUCCUGGCUUUGGUUGUGGACCGGCCGGAGGGGGCCUGGCGCCGGCCUGGGCUAGCCCUGACCCUGCGGCGCCGUGGAAAUGGUGCGCCCCUGAGCACUGCCCAGCUGCAGGCGCUGAUGUUCGGUGCGGACUCCCGCUGCUUCACACGAAAGACCCCGGCCCUGUUGCUCUUGCUCCCAGCGCGGCCGUCGGCGCCGGCGCGGCCGUCGGCGCCGAUGCCCGCGCAGGGUCGGCUGGACUUGGUGCCCUUCCCGCAGCCCAGGCCUUCCCCGGAACCAGAGGAGGCACAGCCCAGCGCUGAUCCCUUCCUGGAGACGCUCACGCGCCUGGUGCGCGCGCUGCGGGGACCCCCGGCCCGAGCCUUGCCACCACGACUGGCCUUGGACCCGGGCGCACUGGCUGGUUUCCCGCAGGGCCAGGUCAACCUGUCGGACCCCGCGGCCCUGGAGCGCCUACUGGAUGGUGAGGAGCCGCUGCUGCUGCUGCUGCCGCCAACGGCAGCCAACACCGGGGUCCCCGCAACGCCACAAGGUCCCAAGUCCCCUCUGUGGGCCGCGGGACUAGCUCGCCGGGUGGCUGCCGAGCUUCAGGCGGCGGCCGCAGAGCUGCGCGACCUCCCGGGGCUGCCUCCCGCCGCCCCCCCGCUGCUGGCGCGCCUGCUGGCACUGUGCCCGGGAAAACCAGAUGGCCCCGGCGGCCCGCUGCGCGCGCUGCUGCUGCUCAAGGCGCUGCAGGGCCUGCGCGCUGAGUGGCGCGGGCGGGAGCGGAGCGGCUCUGCACGAGCGCAGCGCAGCGCCGGGGCCGCGGCUGCAGACGGGCCGUGCGCUCUGCGCGAGCUGAGCGUAGACCUGCGGGCCGAGCGCUCGGUGCUCAUCCCGGAGACAUAUCAGGCCAACAACUGCCAGGGCGCCUGCGGCUGGCCUCAGUCGGACCGCAACCCGCGCUACGGCAACCACGUGGUGCUGCUGCUGAAGAUGCAGGCUCGCGGCGCCGCCCUGGCGCGCCCGCCCUGCUGUGUGCCCACAGCCUACACCGGCAAGCUCCUCAUCAGCCUGUCCGAGGAGCGCAUCAGCGCGCACCACGUCCCGAACAUGGUGGCCACCGAGUGCGGCUGCCGGUGACCUCGCGCCGUUCUCCUUGUGCCGCCCCGGCCCGUAUUUAUUCGGACCCCGUCAUCGCCCCAAUAAAGACGGGAAGGC